GUAACAAGGAUGCAAAGAUCUCUGUUCUCCUCUACAGUCCUUCUGCUCUUACUGCUGGCCUUGAUGAGCCUUGGCUUGAUAAGUUGGGCAUGGACUGCCCCUGAUUGCACCAUAGCAGACAGUUCCUUGUUACCUAACCUCUCCUACUAUGUUCCGUUCUGUUCCUUGGACCCAGGACUGCAUCUUUUUGCAUCUUGCUCCAAUGUUAAAGACUUGGUUCAGACUUUGAGGAGAGUGCCCCCAGAUAUAGAGGCACUUUGCCUCCAGGGCAUAGUUCCUGUUCUGCCAGCUAAUGCCUUUGGCCACUUCCCCUCAUUGAGGCUUCUGAGGCUGCAGUUGGGCACCCUGGAGAUCACACCACAGGCCUUUCAAGGAUUGGGCCUGUUGCAGCACCUUAUUUUUGAGCAUCAUGCUCCCUGUUGCCUGAGUCUGUUCCUCCCUCCAGAUGCUCUGGAGCCCCUUGGAUUCCUCAGUACCCUUUCCUUUCAAGGCUACUGCCUGAACUGUAGCCAGAAUAUCCAGUUGCCAAGCAGCCUUAGUCAUCUCAGUCUGAGGCACAGCUGUUUGACAGAGCUGCAGGAACUGCAAGGGCUCUUCCCCAUGCUUAUGCCUGGUACCUCUCCUACAGCCAGCCUCAGACAAAGCCUCCCCUUCCUGGAGGUCCUGGAUUUGUCUUCCAACCUGAAGCUGAGCCAUGUGGGUGUCAGAGCCUUGCAUGGCCUUAAGGUCCAUUCCCUGAAAUUGGAUAGAACCCCACUAAAUGCAUUCAGCCUCUUAGGCUCAGGACUGUUCUACCUGGACUUCCUCUCCCUUGUGAGUACAGGUAUAGAAAAACUGCCUGGGAAUGUGACCAGCUACUUUGAACUCCGUGCACUUGACCUUGGGAGGAACCAAAUACAAAACAUAGAGGAUGAGGAUCUCCCAAUCUGCAGCUCCCUGGAACUCCUGAACCUUCAUGAGAACCAUCUGCAAUCACUUCCCAUUAGAUUCCUAAAUACCCUGACCCAGCUUCAGAGGCUCAACCUGUCCAUAAACAAGCUGGGCCCAACCUUGCUGCUCCCAGAAGGAUUGGUUAGUGCAAACCUGAAAGUGCUGGAUCUGUCCCACAAUGAGCUCUCUGUUCUGCCAUCUGGGGCCUUCUCCUUUCUUCCUCAACUCCAGGAGCUCUGGCUAAGUGGGAACAAUAUCUCCAUUUUAUCUAAUGACAGCCUGAAGGGACUGAGGUGGCUGAGGACCCUAGACCUUAGCUGGAACAAAAUUAAGAUGCUAAAGCCAGGAUGGCUCUCCUCUCUUCCUGCCCUCACCUCACUGAACCUCCUAGGCACAUAUUUAGAGCGUAUCACAGGCAUGCAGCUCCAAGGUCCCCAAAAGCUGAGCCAUCUACAGUUGAGUUCUCCUGAGAUGCUGGAUAUCUACCCUCCCUGGCCUCCAGCACUGCUCAGCUUGGAGAUACGGGCAAAACAGUGGAUCCAGUUUAGUGUUCCCCAUGGAGAACCCUUCUUAUUGUUGGAGAACCUUACCUUACAAACUUGCUAUGUGUUACUUCUUCCAGCCAACACCACAAUUCAUUUCCCUUCCCUGCGUCACCUCACUCUGCGAGGCUGCAGCCCCUACAUUUUCUCAAACAGUUCAACCCAGAGAUUCUUCCUACAGCUUCCUCUCCUGGAGCACUUGCACUUCUGGUCUGAUCCUGAUGAAACAGAAAACCUGCAUCUACUUGAGAUGCCCAGACUGCGUGUGCUAGAGCUGGGGGACCUCAACUUCUUUUAUGAGUCAAGUUCAAUGAAGCUGGAAAUGCUACUGGAGAAAAUGCCUCAGUUACAGGUACUGGCAUUGAGCCACCUGAAUCUUGGGAAUUUCUCCAUGUCCAGAUUCAGAGGCCUGGACCAACUUCAGCUGUUACUACUCAACUCUGAAUGGGCCCUGGGGUUGGACAUCAGCUUCCAGGAGCUAAUUCCCCUGAUGCCUCAGUAUGUUUAUUUCUCAGAUGUCACCUUCACCUGCCAGUGUGAAAGCUCUUGGAUGGGACCUUGGGCAACCCAAGCCCCAAACUCAUUUGUGUAUGGGCUGGAGAAAGCCAUGUGUACAGUCAAUGCCUCUGACUACUCCAAGACUCCACUGCUCUCCUUCCUUUCUGAUCACUGCUCACAUGAUCUGGAGUUUCGGGGCUUUCUCACCAGCUUCACUCUGGUUCUCCUGACCACUGUCCUUGCACUGCUUGGCUGCCCCAAAUGGCCCUGGCUUCACCACCUCUGGACACUUUUUUAUAGGUGGUGGUGGAAAUUGUGUGGGCGUGGCCCUCGAAGCCAAUUUCAUUAUGAUGUCUAUAUAUCCUUUUGUGAGCAGGACCGAGCCUGGGUGUUGGAAGAACUGGUUCCUGCCCUGGAGAAGUCUCCUCCAGCAGGCGAGGGAUUGAGGAUAUGCCUACCAGAGAGGGACUUUGGGAUUGGGCAGGACAGAAUGGAUGCCAUGGUUGCCAACAUGGAAAACAGCAGGACCACCCUCUGUGUGCUCAGCUGCCAGGCCCUGGGAAGCCCCUGGUGCAGUCUGGAGUUAAGACUGGCCACCUACUACUUGGUGGCCAGGCCUGGAACAGCUCGCCUUGUGCUGCUGUUUCUGGAGUCCAUUGAUAGGUGGAAGCUCCGUGGCUACCACCGCCUCUCUAGGUGGCUCCAGAAGGAGGACUAUUUUGAUUUGCCUCUAAGAAGGGUAGAGUGGGAAGCUUUCUGUGAGAAACUUCGGAGAAGGCUAAGAAAAGCUGGACAAGAAAGAGAUGAUUAG